AUGAUAUGUGACAAAUGCGACAAUAUCGGUGGAGGCUACCUAUGCUUCGUGAUCUCGAUCAUCUGCAUCGGCCUCGUCACCGCCGUCAUCGGAGAUGUGGCCUCACACUUUGGCUGUACGCUUGGCAUCAAAGACUCUGUGACGGCUAUAGUCUUCGUGGCACUAGGAACUAGUAUACCAGACACAUUUGCGAGUAAAGUGGCAGCCAUCCAGGACAAGUACGCGGACGCGUCGGUUGGCAACGUAACAGGCUCCAAUGCUGUCAACGUUUUCCUUGGCAUUGGCGUGGCGUGGACUCUCGCUGCCAUCGUCCAUUGGAGCAAAAAUGAGAAGUUCCUUGUUGAUCCGGGGAACCUCGCCUUCAGCGUCACCAUGUUCUGCUCAGAAGCGGCUCUCGCUGUCCUGGUCCUGGUCCUCAGGAGACGGAAGUCCAUCGGAGGAGAACUCGGGGGUCCGCGCGGCAUCAAAAUAUGCACAUCCAUCUUCUUUUUCACUCUCUGGCUCAUUUAUCUUACCAUGUCCAGCUUAGAGGCAUAUGACAUCAUCCCAGGCUUUUAAUUUUAAGUACGAACUGUUUUUGGCAAAAUAUUUGAUUCGAUGUUUGGCAUUAAAAGUCAAAUUUGAAUUUUAUUUUACUAAUAUGCAUCCAGAAUUAUUUAACUAGAGUAGCUACACACACUGGGGAUACCUAAUGUUUUAAACUAUUAUUUUCAUGUGCCGUAGGUACUCAAUGCUGUCAAUUUGCAUCCCAGCUGUGAGUCAUGUCGUCAUUAAAAUAGUAUUUUCACCACACAGCGGCUUGAUUGUUCCAAAACUGAUAAGAAAGUUGCAUUUUAUCCACAUGUGAGGCAAAGAAAUCUAAUGCAAAUUUUGAGUUGUUUCCUUAUGUUGGCUAGUUGAAUUAACUUUUAAAUGAUGAUUUUUAAUGAUAAUUAUUUAAUAACGUUCAUUGGGACUUGAUUUUGUUUGGUAUUUUACGGUUAGUAUUUUCCUCACAUUGGUGGUGAAAAAUGUUGUGUUUCACACGGUGGCAAAAUUUGUCGGUUAAACAACAACAUUCGCCCCCUCGUAAAACAAAUAUAAGAAAAUUUUGUAAGAAAAUUCAUGUAUGAAUUUAAAGCUAGCUUUGUUAAAAGCUGCAAAGGAAUUAAAUGGCAUAAAAAUGAGUACUGCAAUCCUCUCAAAUUUCUCAAAUUUUAUCUUUCCUAAGCAUUUUCCUCUAUUUAAAAUUCUAAACUGGUCUCGUAAAUACAGCCUAGGAGGUUGAAGUUAGCUAGAAAAAAAGUAAUUAAAGUAAUUAAUAAAUAAUAGCAUUAUGAUGAUUCCAUAUUGGCAUAAUUUAAUGUAAACAUAUUAAUUUAUUUAAGGUUAGAUGAGAAGAGAAACCUUGGGGCAAGAUAAACACUUGUAGGAAAUCCUCAAUACGGUUUAUCUUCCAUCAAUCAAUCACUGCGUCUUGCCCCAAGCAAAAAAAAACUAUGUUCUUCUUACAUUACAUGACCUUAGGUAAUACUUUAUGGUGAUUCCACACUGGCUGUUACAAAAUGUUAUAUAACAUCGUGUGACAUAGUGAUAGCAUUGAUAGUGUUUUAUUAUGCUGUCCCUGUCACACAAUGUUAUACAAUAUUUUAUAACAAUCAAUGUGGGAGCACCAUUAAUACUUCGUAAUGUAUCAAAUUGUUGAAUAAAUUUUUCUUCGAUUAGAUUCCCGUUUAAUUAAAUUUAAAUAUCAGUUUUUAUAUAAGAUGUUACAACUAAGAGAUGUUGUGAUCUCUUGAAUAAAUAACGGUUUUAUUAUUUGCUAUAACUUUUAAAAAUGAUAAUUAACAUCUAAAUACAGUAAUGUGUCAUACUAAUUUAUAACAUCUAUACAAAUACGACAUUAUACAUAAUAUAAAUUUCUAUUUAUAUAAAUACCUACGUAUAAAUUAAAAAUUGUAAUAGAUGUCAUAUAUUAAAGAAAAAGUGACGAAGCCCUCCAGUGGUGAAGGCCGGAAUAAAAAUAUUUAAUAAAAUAAUUGUAUUUGUUCUUAAACUUGUUACCUACGUAUAUUUAUUUUUCACAUUACUUAAAAUUUGGUUUGUACUAGUGAAUAACUCUUAUUAACCUGCAAGUAUUUGACAAGAAGUAUGUUGUUAAAAAAAAUUAAAGGGAGAAAAUCCUCCCGUCCCUGGCCAGAUGCCAUGCAAGUCCUAACUAGGGAAUGCAAACCGGUUUUUAAUUGUAUGGAAAAACCGAAAUUUCAUACAAAUAAAAACCGGUUUUCAUUCCCUAGUCCUAACAGGCCAACGUAGCCAGUAGACUAAUGGAAUACUUCCAAGGGAGAAAAUUAAAAAGUUUGUUUUAUGGCACUUGUUAUUAUUAUCAAGUAAAGACAAAUUAACUCAAGAUCAGAUGUUAAAAAUUCGAUUUAAAUUUUCGAUGAAAAACAAAUAUUAAUCUUACUGGACUUUUUUCAGCCUAAGAUUCUUAAGAGUUGUUUAAGAUUACAAACAAACAUUUAUAAAAAAUAAGGAGCCGCGACUUAUUUUUUAGAAAAUUAAUUCUAGAUAAUGCCAAUUCAGUAUCGUUAAUUAUUUAAUUUAAAUUAGUGUUCUGUAAAUAAAUGAUGUAGGCAUAAAUAAUUAUGUUCAAGUAACAAGUGUUCAAUAGCGUACCGUGAAAAAGAGGAUUGAUUAUUUUGACUAUGAAGUAAUUUUAUUCAUAGUCAGAAUAAUCAAUCGAAUAUCUAGAAUUAUCAGAAAAACACGUGAGUUGCAAAUGUAUAUAGCAGUAUGCAAAUAUUAUUAGUUUUUAAGUCAAGAGUCAGCAUGUAGUAAACAUACUAUAUAAACUGAUAUAAAAAAGAUUUUAUAAAAAUGCUUAGGGAUUUUUACUUCAAGGGGUAAAAAUCCGCCGCGCGACCCCCGCGUCAGUUAGCGGCGCUCAUACUAUUUUUCACUUCUCAUGCUCUUAAAGUUCGACCUUAAGUCAUGCGUAGACGACAUAAAGUUGCUUAUUAUUAGCAUAAAGUAAAAUCAUCUAUUACGUCCCUUAUUGACUUAGCAAUAAAGUCCAAAAUCUGCCAUACAAACUGCCAUCCCUGCCGGCGCGCCCCCGACCGGCGCGCUCCCGACCGGCGUGCCCCGUGCCCCCGACCAGCCCGAGUACAAUUUUCUUAAGUCUUAAAUAAAUACGGUAAAAUAACCUUAAAUAUUGGGUUUUUUGUAUGUAUAAUUUACUCACAAUCGAAGUGAAAAGCAGUGUAACGCAUAAAUGACCAUUUUUAUCCUCGACUAUAUUGGUAUUAUAAAUUGCCUCGGGUAGAAAUGGACCGCUUUAUGCCCUUGUUGUACAAUCUACUAAGUAUAUCGUUACCCGCUCCAACGCGAUGUUGCGGACGCCCUUAAGCGCCUUAAGCAUUUUUAAAAACACUUCGUAUUUCGUUAAUCGAGGUAGACAUUAAACAUUUCAAUUUGCCUGUAUUGUUUUUUGUUGAAAUUAGAUUUAAGGUGCUUACGCAUAUUUGGUUACUCGUUGGCACCAUCCAUUAUUUUUCCUUAGAUAUACUGCCAUUUUUAUAAGGUAGCUUUAGGUUAGUUUUGGUCUUAAUUAAUUUUCCAAAUAAGGAUUUCAAUUUUUUUUAUUCCAUUAAUUUCUUAAUUUUUUUGGUUGCUUUUUGAUUGAUAAACUUCUAUGAGAUAUUCUUA